AUGCCUCGACGCAAGCCAACGUCAACACGCCAGAAGAAAGAAGAGCAGCAGCUGAAACGUGCCAUAAAACGCGGUGAUGUAGAUCCCAGUAGCCUUCCAAAAGCAAAGCGGACAAACCGCAAAAAGUUGCACCUUGGUCGUUCACUACCACCUCCCGAGACAUCUAGAAAACUGCAGUCGGCGUUCGUCAAGUUGCCUCCCGAAUUUUUGCAACAGGCAAAGUCACUCGCUUCCACUCUUGUGCUUCCUCGCCCAAUUCCGACUAUAUCAGCCAUCCUCUCUUUACAAGAGUAUCGUUAUCCAGGGCCGUUGGACACUCCGACUUGUCCAAAGCGACCAAAAUGGCGCUACGAGAUGUCCAAGGAAGAGGUGGAGCGCAACGAGGAGGGAUUGUUCAAAAAAUGGCUUAAACAAACUGACAUGAUGGUGGAGAGAUGGCAGAAGAGCACUGAGAACUCGGAUUGGCGAGUAACAGAAAUUUCGGACAUCAUCCUUGUUCUUCUCGACUCACGAUGUCCUCUUCUUCACUAUCCGCCCUCUCUAAUCGACUAUCUGUCCAAUAUCAAACACAUCCUAGUCCUAACCAAGGUGGACAUAACUGGUCCCGAGCGUAUUCAGGCUUGGACGCGAUAUCUACGCGAUCUCCAUCCUGGUGUUCCUAUAGUGGAAGUUGAGGCAUACGCAGAAAGAGAUCCAAGCGCCGUUCAUCAAGGUCGAAAAAGAUUUGAUCCUCAUCUUCCCGAUGAUUUCAGACAGAGGCUCGUGCAAAUUUUGCAAGGGGUUCAUGCCGAGAUGCUCGAUCCUCCGGAAAAGGUGAAAGCUAAUCCUCGAUGGUUAAAGGAUUGGAAGCUGUCGGUCAGACGAGAAAUUGAUUGGGCCGCGGUCAAAAAUCAGAGAGGGGGAAAAACAGGGAUGCCAAUCGGUGGUCCAGCUAUUCCCCGAAGUGCGACCCCAGAAGAUCAAGACGGGACCAACACUCCAGCGCUAGAACCUCUCGUCUUAACGAUUGGCUUGAUAGGUCAGCCUAACGUAGGCAAAUCCUCCCUUCUGAAUGCUCUAUUUGGCACUCAGAAAGUUCAUGCAUCCAAAACACCAGGGAAGACAAAACAUUUCCAAACACUCUUCUGGACACCAGAAGUUCGUCUGGUAGAUUGUCCGGGCCUUGUCAUGCCGAACUUUAUUCCUAUGGAACUGCAGGUGCUUUCCGGCAUUCUUCCGAUCUCGCGCAUUUCAUCGAUACCUUCGUGCAUACAUUUUGUUGGCAAGCGCCUGCCCAUCGAGGAAAUAUAUCAUCUGGAACACCCUAAUUCUAAGUUGCCUGUGAUCGAAGAUAAACGGACAUGGCGCAAUGGUGAGAAGCGCGUGGUCGCAAGAUCGACCGAAUGGACUGCAAUGGAUAUUAUGAGUGCUUAUGCCGACAAAAGAGGUUGGGUCACUGCAAAAGCGGGGAGGAUGGAUGUGAACCGUGCUGGCAACGCAAUCCUUAGGGCAGUGGCAGAAUCCAGAAUCGAUUGGGCAUUCUGGCCUCCGGACACAAAGGAAGAUGAGGUCCAUGCUAGAAAUGGAGGCAAGGGCAUCUGGAUUCCCAGGGGUAGCGACUCAGAUGAUGAAGAUUUCGUAUCAGAUGCCUAUAGUGAAGACGAAGCUUCAUUGGCCGAGGAGGAACCGGAGGAUGAGACUCCCAGCGAAAAAUCGGAAUCUCAUGAUGAUGACGGACCAGUACAGGGUGCUCUAGGAAGGUUUGCCGCACUGGAUCUCGUUGACGCAGAUGACACAACCACAGAUGAGAAUUCAUAG